CACCAUUCGAGACACGUCCCGUUACAAUCAUCUUCGUGUGAAGUCGAAUGUAAAAACUUUGGGAGCUCAUAUUGGAAACAACUCGACGAUAAAGCUCGCGGUAAGGGAUGCAUCCAAUCAUUCAUUGAAAAGGUCGAUGUGAAGCCUGAAUUACAAGCUUCUUCCAUGCCCGCAAAUCUUUGCUCGUCGACUUGUACUUGCAGUCUGGCCAUCACCAUUCCGCACAUCCGUAUGCCUAAGGGCAGGGUCUUCAAGAAAGAUGUUCAAUUUUCGCCAAAGGUUUCAUUGGAAAGGUGGCUCAAAUAUGGAUUAAUCACAUUCAGCGGAGUGCAAACGAGAAGCUGCCAUCCAGAAAAUGUUGCUGGAACGUUGAUCCUAAACUUGCAGGGACUACAUCAUGCUCAAUCCGAUGGUUUCGACGUCGUAUAUGAGAUGGUGCAUUGCCCUCCUUUCUUGAAGGACAAGUGUGAUAUGCCUAAGUGCGGGGAAAAACGUGGUCAUUAUCGCAGACCAGGAUGUCCAGCGCCCGUUCCAGUGAAAUCACUGAGACAAGCUUCAUCAAGCCAACAAUAUGAUGAAGGGCUUUGUCAAACUCCGCAGCAGUUCUUUGAAAACCCUACAUUCACUAUGCUUGAUGAGAAUGGGUUGCCAUAUGUACCUCUUGAGGCAUAUCCACCAGGAGAGACAUUUGACGGAUGUCCACAGAUGACGGACCAAGAGAUUGAAGAGUGCUUCAACUCCUACUGGAAUAGGGCCCCACUUGAUGCAGGUGGUCAGUCGUCGGGGCACAAUGGGCAUCCAGGGUCGGCUCAGUCAUCUGCAGCUGGGCAGCAUGCACAACAAUGGCAAGAGCAAUCAUCUGGACCAGGUGGGCAACAGUGGGAAAGCCGAAGCGGUACAAGUUCAGCAACACAGCCCUCGACAGAAACGGGUCAUGGCUUGACUCAAGACGAAAUAGAGCAAAUGAAACAGCAGCCGAAUUGGCAAGACUCCUUAGGGACAGACUCCAUCAAGGAGCAGUAUCUUUACGACUUCAUGUGAUGAAGGUCGGCUCACUAGACUGGCCUACGCGGCAUACAUUGCCAUAUUUGCGACACGCAGCCUUGUCGCC